AUGCCCUUCAACACCGCGCUCACAAGGAAGCUUGGGAUAAAGAUCCCUGUUGUCCAGGGGGGCAUGCAAUGGGUCGGAUACGCUGAGCUCGCCAGCGCCGUGAGCAACGCAGGCGGCCUGGGAAUCCUGACAGCCCUGACUCAACCCACCCCCGAAGACCUCCGCAAAGAGAUCCGGCGAUGUCGCACCAUGACCAAGAAUCCCUUCGGCGUGAACCUAACCCUCCUCCCCGCCCUCUCCCCGCCCGACUACCCAGCCUACGCACGCGUGAUAAUCGAAGAAGGCAUCCGCAUCGUCGAGACGGCCGGCAACAGCCCGGGCCCCGUAAUCAAGCAGCUCAAAGCCGCCGACUGCAUCAUCCUACACAAGUGCACCUCGAUCCGGCACGCGCAUUCCGCCGUCAAGCUUGGGGUGGACUUCCUCUCCAUCGACGGCUUCGAGUGCGCCGGCCACGUGGGGGAGAGUGACAUCACGAAUUUCAUCCUGCUGAGCCGCGCGCGCCAGACCCUGGGCGUGCCGUUCAUUGCCUCCGGUGGGUUUGCGGAUGGCCAGGGACUCGCGGCUGCACUGUCGCUGGGGGCCGAGGGCAUUAAUAUGGGCACGAGGUUUAUGUGUACGGUCGAGGCGCCGAUCCAUCAGAAGAUCAAGGAGGCGAUUGUCGAGGCGCAGGAAACGGAUACGGAGCUUGUGCUCAGGAGAUGGAGGAACACAAGCAGGUUGUUUAAAAACAAGGUCGCGGAGGAGGCGGUUAGGGUGGAGAGGGAGAGUCCGACGGGGAAGUUUGAGGAGGUUGCGCCGUUUGUUAGUGGGAAGAGGGGGAGACAGGUGUUUUUGAAUGGGGAUAAGGACUUUGGUGUAUGGACGGCCGGUCAAGUCAUCGGUCUGAUCCAUGACAUACCCACCUGCGAUGAGCUGGUGAAGCGCAUCGAGCGGGAAGCGAUCGAGACGCUACAGAAGGCGUCAUCGCUUCUCGUCGAGGACGACAGCACUGGCGAGAAGCCAAUCGCACAAGAUGGCAAAGUCGGCAAGAAUGUGAACAAUCCAGAGGCCGAGUUGUGGGGCAUUGGCAAGAGCAAGCUUUAG